AUGCCAGACGCGUUUGAAGUUGCGUAUCCCCUCUCGCCAUCCUUGACUCCCCAAGAGAUUCGAGCUCGGGCUAACUCUUCGUCUUCCAAGCGGAAACCAGUUGUAGCAUUCCUAGCUGGUGAUGAGACAGUGGAAAUUCCCGACAAGUCGAUUGCUGGCGUUGACAAGCCAUUGUCUAGGAGCGAACUCGAAUUGGAUUGUUAUGCGGAGACGAUAACUAUGAUGCAUAAUACAUGGCUUGAUAGGAGACAGUUGGAACACAGUUUAGAUCGUUCCAAGCGUACAGAGUUGUAUGAAUCAGCUGUUUGGUGGAGGUGCGGUCGCGGGGGAAGUUGUGGACGCCGCGGCCGCACCAACCUCGAUUCCGAUAUGAAUGGCGUCAGUGUACGUGGAUUCUUCGCAGCUUGA